CGAUUGUGCAAAGGGCUGCAUUUCACCUAAUGCUGGCCACACAUGGACCUUCUCUGGUCACUCCAGUGUCAGGGCUGAUGACACAGUUACAGUGGGUAAUAGGAGGGGCUCUGGCUUGAAUGCAGUCAUUCAGUUAGUGGAUGGGCUUUGCUGCGCUUGCUUGGAAUUGUUCCCUGCUUUUUCCUUUCAUGAGCUGCUGAAGGAGUCUUUUUUUUUCCUUCAUCUUUCCUCCACUCCCUCUAUUUCUUCAAAUCCUCCCCCUUUCGUGUAGAUGAUGCCUCCUCCUUGUGCUGCAUGCAGACCCUAGUCCAGCAGCAGCACCUCUGCAGAGACAGGAGGGAGGGGAUCCAGGGCGUCUAUCACCACAAUGUAUCUUAUUUAUUAAAGGAGUUCUUACCUUAGAACCCUGAAAUCUAGCACAAGUGCUUCCAAUUUGGGGAUUGGAGAAGAAGGAAAAGAAAAAUCUCAUUUGAUUGCUUCAAAUGGCAUUGCAACGAUCCGGAUAUUGGACUCCUCAAUUCGAAUAGGAAUUCUAACGGUUUGGGCUUCUUGCCAUUAAAGUCAAGGGAAAGGAUUGGCUCUUUUGGAAAAUGGAGAAGGAGAUAUUUGCCCCCCUAUUGGAAAAUUUCAUGUCUAGCCCCUUGGUGAUCUGGAUCAAGACUUUUGGAGCCUUGGUCAGAGGGAAUGGCACCCUGCUAGACGAGUAUGUGGCUUUAGUGGAUGGUGUGUUCCUCAAUGAGGUCAUGUUUCAGAUAAAUCCUAAAGCAGACAAUCAAAGAAUAUAUAAAAAUAUCAACAAUGAUGCUUCCCUUAGGAUACAAAAUCUGUCUGUCUUGGUGAAACAGAUUAAAUCGUACUAUCAGGAAUCUUUGCAACAGUUGAUCAUGAUGACUUUGCCAAACAUUCUAAUCAUUGGCAAGAAUCCGUUUUCUGAGCAAGGUACUGAAGAAAUGAAAAAACUUCUCCUUCUAUUGCUGGGUUGUGCAGUCCAGUGUGAAAGAAAAGAAGAGUUCAUUGAAAAAAUACAGGAUUUGGAUUUUGAUACGAAAGCAGCUGUGGCAUCCCAUAUCCAAGAGGUAACACACAAUCAGGAAAAUGUAUUUGAUCUGCAAUUAACGGACACGGCUGAUUUGUCCCAAGAGGAUCUGCUGUCCCUCCUGAAAAGCACCAGUUUCCAUUUAAAAAGACUUGUCAAUGAACGAGAUGACCAGUCAGAGACUAUUAUCGAGCUGACGGAGGAGAGGGACUCUCUUCACUUCGCACCUCUGCCUACAUGCGCGCAAUCUCCCUCCGGGUCCCCGGGUAUGAGGCGUACGGAGAGCAGACAGCACCUGUCCGUGGAGCUGGCAGAUGCCAAAGCUAAAAUAAGACGGCUGAGGCAGGAGCUAGAAGAAAAAACUGAACAUUUCUUGGACAGUAAACAGGAAGCUGGACAGCUGGAAGCCGAGUUAAAGCGACUACAACAGGAAAAUAUGAAUUUGCUCGCAGAUGCUAGGUCUGCUAGGGUAUACCGAGAUGAACUAGAUGCACUCAGGGAAAAGGCGAUCCGAGUUGACAAGCUCGAAAGCGAAGUGAGCCGGUACAAAGAGCGAAUGCAUGACAUUGAAUUCUACAAGGCCAGGGUGGAGGAAUUAAAAGAAGACAAUCAAGUGCUUUUAGAAACCAAAACAAUGUUAGAAGACCAGCUGGAAGGGGCCAGAGCUCGCUCUGAUAAACUACAUGAGCUGGAGAAAGAAAACUUACAACUUAAAGCCAAAUUCCAUGACAUGGAGACGGAGCGAGACAUGGACAGAAAAAAGAUUGAAGAACUCAUGGAGGAAAACAUGACUUUAGAAAUGGCUCAGAAGCAAAGUAUGGAUGAGUCUUUACAUCUUGGCUGGGAGCUGGAGCAGUUGUCUAAAACAAGUGAUCUCCCAGAAACUCCCCAGAAAUCUCUGGGCCAUGAAGUGAACGAACUGACGUCAAGCAGGCUGCUGAAGCUGGAGAUGGAAAACCAGACUUUGCUGAGUACGGUAGAAGAGCUACGAAAUUCAGUGGGUGCUACAGAGGGCACCAAUACAAAGAUCCUGAAACUGGAGAAAGAAAACCAAAGACUGAGCAAAAAGCUUGAGAAAAUUGAUGCUGAAUUAAGUCAAGAGAGGCAGAGCAUUCAGAGCAGUCAAAAUCUCAGCAAUGACCUCAUGAAGGAGAAAUCUCAGCUGGAAAAAACUAUCGAGACCUUGCGCGAGAACUCUGAGAGACAGAUUAAAGGGCUGGAGCAGGAGAACGAGCAUUUGAAUCAGACCAUCUCCUCCUUGAGACAGCGUUCACAAAUCGGGGCAGAGGCUCGAGUCAAAGACAUCGAAAAGGAAAAUAAAAUCCUGCAUGAGUCCAUUAAAGAGACGAGCAGUAAAUUGAAUAAGAUUGAGUUUGAAAAGAAGCAAAUUAAGAAGGAACUGGAACUCUUCAAAGAGAAAAGUGAAAGAACUGAAGAACUGGAAAAGGAGUUGCAGCGAGUGGAGAAAGACAAUGAGCACCUGCAGAAAAAAAUUACCAGUUUAAAUAUCAUUUGUGAGAAAACGGAGUCUUUGGAGCAAGAAAAUGCCGGGUUGGAAGUUGAAAAUCGUAAACUGAAAAAGGCUUUGGAUAGCUUAAAGAAUCUGAAAUAUCAGAUGGAAUCCCUAGAGAAGGAGAACAGUCAACUCGAAGACGAGAAUCUAGAUUUAAGGAGGGCUAUCGAAUCUCUAAAAAGCACAAAUAUCAAAGUCGCUCAACUAGAAUUAGAAAACAAAGAGCUAGAAAGCGAAAAGGAGCAGUUAAGAAAAACUAUGGACCUGAUGAGGGCCUCUUGCAAGAAAACUGAGCGUCUGGAGGUUAGUUAUCAAGGACUGGACACGGAGAACCAAAGGCUACAGAAGGCUUUGGAAAACAGCAAUAAAAAAAUCCAGCAGCUCGAAAAUGAGUUGCAAGAGCUAGAAACAGAAAACCAGAGCUUGCAGAGAAACCUGGAACAGCUAAAGAUCUCCAGUAAGCGUCUGGAGCAGCUGGAAAAGGAGACAAAGCUCCUGGAGCAGGAGACUUCCCAGUUAGAAAGGGAUAAGAAACAGCUCGAGAAGGAGAACAAGAGGUUGCGGCAGCAAGUGGAGAUUAAAGACAUAACGCUGGAAGACAACAAUGCCAGAAUCUCUAAUCUGGAGAGAGAGAAUAAAUUGCUUUCUAAGGAAGCGGUCACGUUUAAAGAGUCUUGUACCAGACUCAAAGAGCUGGAGAAAGAAAAUAAGGAGCUGGUGAAAAGGGCAACAAUCGAUAAGAAAACCCUCGUCACGUUACGAGAGGAUUUGGUAAACGAGAAGCUAAAAACCCAACAGACUAAUAAUGAUCUUGAAAAACUGUCUCAUGAACUGGAGAAAAUCGGGCUGAACAAAGAACGCCUUUUACACGAUGAACAGACUACUGAUGACAGCAGAUACAAGCUUUUGGAGUCCAGAUUGGAAUCUACUCUCAAGAAGUCUCUGGAAAUCAAAGAAGAAAAAAUUGCUUCACUUGAAGCUCGAUUAGAAGAGUCAACAAAUUUCAAUCAACAACUUCGCCAAGAGUUAAAAACCGUGAAAAAAAACUAUGAAGCGCUUAAGCAAAGACAGGAAGAGGAAUGGUUGGUUCAAACUUCGCCUCCGCGGCCGGGUGAGGACAAUAUGCCUGUGAGCAAAUGGGAGAGGGAGAGCCAGGAGACCACCAGGGAACUGCUGAAAAUCAAGGAUCGCUUAAUAGAAAUCGAGAGAAAUAAUGCUACCUUGCAGGCGGAGAAGCAGGCACUAAAAACUCAACUAAAGCAACUGGAAUCCCAAAAUGACAAUUUGCAAGCACAAAUCCUGACCCUUCAAAAGCAAACUAUUUCCUUACAGGAGCAAAAUACAACUUUGCAGACCCAAAAUGCCAAACUCCAGGUUGAAAAUUCUACGCUGAAUUCACAAAGCACGUCGCUCAUGAACCAGAAUUCCCAGCUCCUUAUCCAGCAGUCUAGCUUAGAAAAUGAAAACGAAUCCCUCAUAAAAGAGAGAGAGGAGCUGAAAUCCAUGUAUGAUUCGCUAGUUAAGGACCACGAGAAACUGGCGCAAGUCCACGAGAGCCAAGCGGCGGAGUACGAGUCUCUGAUCUCUAAGCACGGCAGUCUCAAGUCUGCACACAAAAAUCUGGAGGUGGAACACAAAGAUCUGGAGGACAGAUAUAACCAGCUACUGAAACAAAAGGUACAACUGGAAGAGCUGGAAAAGGCACUUAAACUGGAGCAGGGGAAAAUGCUACAGGAAAAUAAAGAGCAUGAAAGGUUGUCGUCGGAUUAUCAGAGGCUAACUGAGGAGCAUGAGAGGCUUAAUCAUACAUACCGACAGCUGUUGCGGGAGAAUGAAAGUCUGCAAAGUGAUCAUAAAAAUGUGAAAAGCCUGGUAAACAGUGGAAAACUGGAGCAGACCCGACUAGAAGCAGAAUUCUCCAAGCUGAAGGAACAAUAUCAACAACUGGAUAUCGCAUCCACUAAACUAAAUAACCAGUGUGAGCUUUUAAGCCAGUUGAAGGGAAACCUGGAGGAAGAAAACCGGCAUCUAUUGGAUCAGAUACAGACGCUGAUGUUGCAAAACAGAACGUUACUGGAGCAAAAUAUGGAGAGCAAGGAUCUUUUCCAAGUUGAGCAAAGGCAGUACAUUGAUAAGCUGAAUGAGCUAAGGAGACAGAAGGAAAAAUUGGAAGAGAAGAUCAUGGAUCAGUACAAGUUCUAUGAACCAUCUCCCCCAAGAAGAAGAGGAAACUGGAUAACUUUGAAAAUGAGAAAGCUUAUCAAGUCUAAGAAGGAUGGUAACAGAGAACGUCAGAGAUCACUCACACACGCGCCUUCCCGUUCGGAGUCCAGUGAGGGUUUCCUGCAGCUUCCUCUACAGGACAGCCAGGAUAGCUCCUCCAUAGGCUCCAAUUCUCUCGAAGAUGGACAUUCUCUGGGUGCCAAGAAAAGCAGCAUGGUUGCACUGAAAAGACUGCCCUUUAUGAGGAACAGACCGAAGGAUAAAGACAAAAUGAAGGCUCUCUUCCGCCGCUCCGUGUCCAUGAAUGACCUGGUGCAGUCCAUGGUCCUGGCAGGUGGACAAUGGACAGGUAGUGCUGAGAAUCUGGAGGGUCCCGAUGAAAUUUCUACUGGGAAAAGGAGGAAAGAUUUGGGAUCUAUGGCCUUCUCCACAACAUCAAUCAACUUUUCAACUUUCAACCCGUCCAUGGGCUUCAGACCCAAACUGAUACCUAAAAGUAAAGAUGGUGCAUCCUACGAAGAUGUGAGUGGCGUCCGUGAUGACUCUUAUACUGUUACUGGAGCUCCUGCUCCCAGACCCGCCAGCCUUGAUAGUGGCAGAACAUCAUGUAGUAAUAGUAACAAUAAUGCUUCAGUCCAUGAAGUUACAGGUGCCUCAAUCAACCAGAGUAGGUCUCAAAGCCACAACAGCGGUGACUUCAAUCUGCAUCAUGAUCAUGAAGUGUGGUCCAGUAGCAGCAGUCCGGUCCAGUACUAUGGAAACCGCUUGAAAAAGUGUGCCGUGUCUAGCCCCAUGCUCCGACUUAAGUCAUGUGAUGCUCCAGAAAGCCCCGGCCAGUCCAAACACAGGCUGGGAUCCCCGGGGAGUGAGAUGGUCUCCCUCAAGCAGUUUUUAGAGGAAAGCAAUAAACUCACCUUAAGCCAGAUCCGGUCUGGGAGCCAGGACAAUCUUCUAGAUGAAGUUAUGAGAAGUCUGUCUGGCUCUGCCGAAUCGGCAGGAUUCCAGUCGCCCACACAGCUGUCUCCUAGCUUCCCACAAGGUGAAAGAAAGACUGCCAAACCAGAGCAAUGUGUACGGCCCAGCCUUCGCAAAACAGAGGACACUCGCUUCACGUUUCCGACUCCGCGAAAUAGACAGUCCUCAGACGGAAGUCCAGCACUAGGCCAAGGGGCUGUGUCAGCACAAAGGCAAGCGAAAGAUACAAAUCCAUAUGCAACCCUACCUCGUGCCAGCAGUGUUAUCUCUACUGCAGAAGGGACAACUCGGAGGACAAGCGUUCAUGAUUUUUUAUCCAAAGACAGUAGGUCACCUGUAUCAGUUGAUCCAUCGCCUACUACAGAGGAUGCCCCAUCCUUAUCGAAUAUGGAGGCAACACAAGAAAUCAGGCACUCAAAAGACAGGUCUAGCGAGCAGCAAACCCCUUAACUUAGUCACCCAGUUCACGUGAAUAUACCAGUUGAGAGAAAAGUGUCCUUCAAUUUGUCAUUGAGAAGUUGUGUGUUUCUGAAGUAGCGACACCUCUCGCCCGCCCGGUGAACGCUCACCAGAGAACUUAAUUGCUAACUUCCACAGUAGAUCUGGACACGAGUGACCCCUUCCUUCCUUGAAUCAAGGAGUUCUGCCGGAGUGAAAUGCAAACAAAUCAAACCAUAGAGACAUCUUAGAGUCCCCUGCACUUUUCCCUGUUGGGGGGGGGAACGUUCCGCUGUCGUGUUUGUGUAAAGGAUCUGCAAGCAUUCCCAGGAACAAACAUUUGUCAACUAAACCCAGUUUUUUCCGGCUUCUGAUUAUUUCAUUUAAAAACAUUUUCUCCAAUUUUUAUUUUAUUCGCCGAAAACAUUUCUUUGGGGGGUUUUUUAUUCCCAAAAACCGAAGCUUCCUGGUUUAAUCACGGCCUGAUGUGAUUGGACGCACACUGCAUGAUGCCUCUUCAAACCGUUUGUGGCUGCGCUUAUGGACUUUAAGUCACAAGUUAGUAUUUUCAUGUCCGCCCCCCCAACACAUGACCACCUUCUGAGAUUUGGCACCUUUCCUUGCUUUUUUUCCGUACCCGCUAUAUUUGGGUACUAGUAUUAAGGAUUUUCUUCACUCCCUUUGGAGACUGCCAUGCAACAUGUGCCAUAAAUAACGUGGCGCUUAAUGCCUCCUGUAGCAUUAUUAUAAGGUUCUUCAUAUAUGCGGUAUAACAAGAUCUUAUUCUCUUUAUUCUUGUAGAACUUUUAAUUCCUGAAUAUUUUACAGAACUUGACAAUGACUGACAAUGAUGUUUCUGCACUGAAAAUGUUAGUGAAUGGGGAAAGAAUUAGCGUCCGUGACGAGCCCAUUUUCAGAUAUCGAGUUGUUUUGAUGGAUCGGUGUGUUUUUUUAACCUAAUGGGAAUUCCAUGUUUUAAUCUGGUUAACCUUUUUGCUGCCCGAUUGGUCUGCAUAUCAGAACCAUCUGGCUUGCAAGAGGUUAAAGGUGAGCGUGAGUUAUUAAUCUGAGCGUGUGUUGAAUUUUACUGUACAAUAUUGUUUCAAUGGCAAAAAAGAAUCCUAAUUUAAACUAUAAUGUCUUAUUAUGUUCACUUGUGUUUGAAUGCGUAAUGCUGUAUGCGGGACAAUGUAUGGAACUGCAUUGAAAAUACAUCAGAUGAUUCACUAUUAUGUUACUGUCAUUAAACUAUUUCUUGUUUUUUCUUA